GUACCGGACCAGCGGCUUCCUGAUCUCAUCAUGACACUUCUGGGAUCUGAGCAUUCUUUGCUGAUUAGAAGCAAGUUCCGAUCAGUUUUACAGUUGCGACUUCAGCAGAGAAGGACCCAGGAGCAGCUGGCUAACCGAGGCAUAAUACCACCACUGAAAAGUCCAACUGAAUUCCAUGAGCAAAGAAAAAAAUUGGAUAGUGACAAGACUGAGGAGGCCCUGAAGCGCAAGACCAGAAACAGGUCCGACUGCGCCAGCGUGGUUAAUAUGCACAUACUCCAAGCCUCCACUGCAGAAAGAUCCAUUCCAACUGCUCAGAUGAAGCUGAAGAGAGCCCGCCUCGCCGAUGACCUCAACGAGAAGAUUGCUCUCCGACCAGGGCCCUUGGAACUGGUGGAGAAGAACAUACUCCCUGUGGAUUCAGCAAUGAAACAAGCCAUAAAAGGCACGCAGGCGGGUUUCUCCAAAUCAGCAGAUGCAUUUGCCUUUGAGGAUGACAGCAGCAGCGAUGGGCUUUCUCCAGACCAGACACGAAAUGAAGAACCCCCGGGCUCCGCGGGGUCCCCCCCAGAUGUCAAAGUUAAAGUCACAGAGACUCCUGUCGCAGGCCCUCUGGGGACAGUCCAGGACCUUGCAUCUAGCUCAGAAAGCGACAAGAACAACUCGGCCUCCCAGCCUGGCCAGCAACCGGACUCCGGGAAGCAGAGUCACGGCCCGCUCAGCACCUCCAUCCCUGUGCACGCUGCUGUAAAGUCCAAGUCACUGAGUGACAGUAAGAACCGCCACAAGAAGCCCAAGGACCCCAAGCCAAAGGUGAAGAAACUCAAGUACCACCAGUACAUCCCCCCGGACCAGAAGGCCGAGAAGUCCCCGCCACCCAUGGACACGGCCUACGCCCGGCUACUCCAGCAGCAGCAGCUCUUCCUGCAGCUGCAGAUCCUCAGCCAGCAGCAGCAACAGCAGCAGCAGCAGCAGCGAUUCAGCUACCCCAGCAUGCACCAAGCACAGCUCAAAGAACCAAAUGAACAGAUGGUCAGAAAUUCAAACUCUUCUUCAACACCACUGAGCAAUACCCCUCUGUCCCCUGGCAAAAACAGCUUCUCUGGACAAACUGGUGUCUCUUCUCUCAAACCAGGCCCCCUCCCACCUAACCUGGAUGAUCUCAAGGUCUCCGAGUUGAGACAGCAGCUCCGAAUACGGGGCUUGCCCGUGUCGGGCACCAAGACGGCGCUGGUGGACCGGCUUCGCCCCUUCCAGGACUGUACUGGCACCCCUGCGGCCAACUUCGGGGACAUCACGACGGUCACUUUCCCCGUGACGCCCAACGCGCUGCCCAGUUACCAGUCGUCCCCUUCCGGCUUCUACCACCUGGGCAGCACCAGCUCCAGCCCCCCGAUCUCGCCCGCCUCGUCCGACCUGUCCGCGGCCGGGUCGCUGCCCGACGCCUUCCACGACGCGGGCACCGAGGAGAGCCUCCUGGGCAGCCUGGCCGCGGGCUCGGGGCCCGCGGAGCCCGACGGGCUGGACUCGGAGAAGGACAAGAUGCUGGUGGAAAAGCAGAAGGUGAUCAACGAGCUCACGUGGAAGCUGCGGCAGGAGCAGCGGCAGGUGGAGGAGCUGCGGAUGCAGCUGCGCAGGCAGAAGGGCGACCAUCCCAUGCACGUGGCCGUCAAGCAGGAGGUCGUGGCCAGCUGUCCUUUCGCAGGCCAGGCGUUGUCCUCCUCCUCGUCGUCGUCGUCGUCGUCGUCGUCGUCAUCGUCGUCGGUGACAGGCCAGCCGCACAGCUCGGACAGCCCCCCGCCCGCGGCCUGCGAGGCUGCCCAGCUCCUGCCCCUGGCCAGCGCCCACCGCGUGGAGUCCUCGGGCCAAGGCCACGUACUCUCGCCCGCCUUCCUCAGCCCGCAGUGUUCCCCUCAGCACUCCCCACUCGGGGGCGUCAAGAGCCCCCGGCACAUCAGCCUGCCCCCCUCGCCCAACAACCAUUACUUCCUGCCCUCUUCGGGGGCUCAGGGAGACGGCCACAGGGUCUGCUCACCCAACAGCGGCCAGGGCUGCCCUGCGCAGAACUCAGGAGCCCACGAAGGCCAUCCUCCUAGCUUCUCUCCCCCAUCUUCCAUUCUCCACCCUCCCUUCUCUGGAGUGCCUGCAGACAGUAGUCACGGUGCUGGGGCCAACUCUUGUCCCAAAAGCCCAGGUGUUCGUCCAAAGGUGACUGGUUUACAAUCUCCUGAUAAUGUGGGGCCAAAGUUUUCAAUUCCAUCCCCAACAUUUUCUAAGUCAAGUUCAACAGUUUCAGAGAUAACGCAGCCCCCGUCCUAUGAAGAUGCAGUAAAGCAGCAAAUGACCAGGAGUCAGCAAAUGGAUGAACUCCUGGAUGUUCUCAUUGAAAGUGGAGAAAUGCCAGCUGAUGCCAGAGAGGAUCAUUCGUGUCUCCAGAAAGGCCCAAAGAUACCAGGGUCCUCCCGCAGCCCAACCACAGGUCUCCCCAAGCCCCCGGCUCCCUUUGAACAGGCAUCUUCACGAGGCCAGCUUUCCUUCGAUCACUAUGCCACUGACAGUGAUGAACACUUGGAAGUCUUACUGAAUUCCCACAGCCCCAUGGGAAAGGCAAGCGACGUCGCUUUACUCAAAAUGGGGAGUGAGGAGCCUCCUUUCGAAGGAAUCAUGGAUAGUUUCCCAGGAAAGACUGCAGAAGACCUCUUCAACACUCAUGAGAUCUUGCCUGGGCCUCUCUCCCCAAUGCAUACGCAGUUGUCACCCUCUUCAGUGGACAGCAAUGGGCUGCAGCUGAGCUUCACGGAAUCUCCCUGGGAAACCAUGGAAUGGCUAGACCUUACUCCACCUAGUUCCAUUCCUGGCUUCAGCAACCUUGCCACCAGUGGCCCUAGCAUCUUCAACAUUGAUUUCUUGGAUGUCACAGAUCUCAAUUUGAAUUCUCCCAUGGACCUUCACUUGCAGCAGUGGUAAAAUGCUGAAGGCACCAGUGCUUAAAAUAAAAAGUCCAUGGGGAAG